ACUAAAUAUUGUGACCGUACCAAAUCCCAUGUAACCUAAUUGGAGUCAGAAAAUAAAAGUGUAUUAAUUAGUAUUCGGUUUAUUUACUUAUCUCUGAACACGACACCCCACCAUCUAAAUUGGUGACCCCGUGUGGAGAAAGUGUGAACUGUAACCAGUGAAUUUGGACUUGUAAUUCAGUGAAUCGGACGACCGGGGCAACUCACACAAGUGUACGUAGUGUCGGCUUAAUAUUAGUGCGCGUCGAAUUAAGAAAUUAUAAUGUCGUCUGAAGACAAGAAGGUCGUUAUUGAAGAACAUCAACUGUCGUCCAUCUCCAUCACAGCUAGAAUUCCGGAAUUUUGGAAGAAGUCGCCUAAAACAUGGUUUAUUCAAGCAGAAGCAGUUCUAAAUCCUCAGAAGAUGUCCGACGAAUCAAAGUACCAGGUCAUUAUUUCAAAAUUAUCCCCGGACGUCGUUGAGCAAGUUACACAGAUCCUUGUGAAUCCCCCUGAGAAAAAUAAAUAUGAGACCUUGAAGAAUAAGUUGAUAUUUAUAUAUCAAGAAUCCGAAGAGCGGCAAGUAAAAAAACUCAUUGGCGAAAUGGAAUUAGGCGACCAGAAACCAUCACAAUUACUAAGAAAAAUGCAAGACCUAGCCAGGGGACGAGUAAAUAACGAAACACUCAUAGUUAUGUGGCAGAAUCAUUUACCAAAUUCGGUGCGAGGAGUUUUAGCUGUAACGGAAGAAAAAGAUCUAGAGAAAUUAGCAUCAAUAGCGGAUAAAAUAAUGGAAACGACGACUCCCAUACACAGUGUUGCGACUGUCAAACAGGAACCAGGCCCAUCGGGUUCUCAGGACCAAAUUAUUUCGGCAAUAAACAAAUUGAGUGAUAGAUUACAAAAUUUAGAGUCAAGAUCACGAGGCCGUUCAAAUAACUGGCGAAGGAAUAACUUUAGACGCAACAGAUCCAGGUCAGGGUCAAGAAGUCGCACAAGGAAAUUCGAAGAUCCAAAUUGGUUAUGUUUUUACCAUUAUAAGUAUCGCAGCAAGGCAACUAAAUGUGUGGAUCCAUGUAACUGGAAGAAAAAACACGACAAGGACAAGCCAGCGGAAAACUAGAGUCGGUGCAGUCUGCGACGGGAGGCUGUGACCGUGCCUUCGGGAAUCACCGUCUGUGUGUCAGAGACAGGAAAUCGGGCUUAAACUUCUUAGUGGAUAGUGGUGCAAACGUGUCAGUGUUACCGCGGAAAGUAGCCUACAUGAAAGGUAAUACAAGUGAGUGCUGUUAUAAACUCUUUGCCGCAAAUGGAACUCAGAUUAACACGUAUGGUACAUUGUACUUAGAAUUAGAUUUAAACCUAAGACGAGCAUUCCGUUGGUUAUUUACAUUAGCGGACGUACAGCAACCAAUAUUAGGUGCUGACUUCUUAGCUAAUUUUCAG